CAACCCGAUUUACACACAAGACAUUGGUUGGUUACACGUGUCUGCUGAUCUGCGGGGCUCGAAGGGUUACGCUGUUACUUGUUUUUAGCACCAUAGUAUAGUUUAACACCAAGGAGCUGAUUGUGCUGGCCUUUGGCGGUGCUAACAGUAAUAACAGCGUUGUCACAGCUUAAAAACACCGCGCGUUUACCCGCACUUCAACAGUGCAUUCGUGGCUAACUGAAAUUAGCGUUCGUUAGAACCUCGGGUUGUCCGUGUUAUUACAAUGAGCGUAGAAAUUAGAAAAGACUGUCCACUUGACGCGAACAUGGGCUCUGUAAAUCAUGAUGUAAACGGUGAGGCGACAGAAGGUGGUGUAAAGUAUUACACGUUAGAAGAAAUUAGAGUACACAAUAUGUGUAAAGACACAUGGGUUAUCAUCCACGACAAAGUUUACAACAUCACAAGUUUCCUCGAAGAGCAUCCAGGGGGUGAGGAGGUUUUGCUGGAGCAGGCAGGAUCAGAUGCUACAGAGAGCUUUGAGGAUGUUGGUCAUUCUACAGAUGCAAGGGAGAUGCUCAACCAAUUCUACAUUGGAGAACUUGACAUGUGUGACAGAAAUUUGAAAACACAGGAGGUGCCUGAUACACCAUCAGGAGAAACCAGCAGCUCUUUUUGGACCACAUGGUUAAUACCUGCUAUUGCUGCAGCCAUUGUUGGUCUCGUGUAUCGUUUCUAUUCGUUCUGAGUGCCAGCAUAUUUUUGCCCUGGAGCGUGCUCAGUUGAAAGCCUUGAAACCUUUGACCAAAUCCUCAUCCCAGUCAGUGGAUAGUGUCUGCAUCAGAUGAAACAGAAGAACAAGGAAUCUUGGGUUUGGUACUUUGAUUGAAAUAUAUUUGCCUGUUUUCAUACACGUGUUGUUUGCAGUUGGCUAGUAGUUGUAUUAGACAUUCACUCUUCAAUUCUGUUUGUGUAAUUGUCAUUGUUUAUGUCACUGGUGCAAAAUGGUGUCUUUAUGUUAAACUUUGCAUUCCAUAUGCAUUCAUCCCCUGUGUGGAUAACAGUUGUUUACUCAAGUAUGAUAUUAGCGUCUAUAAAACAGAAGACUGAAGUAAAAUUUUAAAUAACGAACACAGUCUCUAUGCCGGAACUGCCAUCUAUUUGAAUAAUUGGAUUAAAUCUUAUUUGAUUCACUUUUUUGGGUUUGGGUUUAUUUUUUAUGCAAAUUAUCUGCUAUUAUGUAAAUUGUGAAUGCCUUGAAUAUUUGAGAAUUUUUAUUUUGUGAUUUUUUUUUAAUCCCCUUCGACUCUCCUCUUUUCUGAUUGUAUCUACUCGUGUAAAGUUAUGCAUAGAUUUUAGUCUAUUAUAUGCAGAGGUAUGAUAUUAUUACUGACAUAAGAUUUAUUUUAUCUCUUUAGUAAAUAUGUCAGUUAACACUGCCACUUGUUUGAUUUGAUUUUCCACCAUAUUGUUUUCUCUGUGCAUCUUUAAUGUGGGUUUGUGGGACAAAGUGUUUUCAACUGUUUUUAACUAAUUGGAAUCAUGCUGAACAAGUGCUUUGCAAGUGUUUGUUGGUGACUGUUGGGCCCUACAGUACGAAGUGUCUUUCAAGUCAGUUACUGCACAUGUAACAUGUUUCUACUUCUCUCAAUCCAACCAUCUUACAUUCAUGUUUCUACUUUGACAACAUCAUUAAAUAUCUAGGAUUAGGAAUGACAUGGCUGUUUGAGGUUAUUUUAAACAUUUGCAUGUAUAAUAUUCGUGAUAUACGCUGCUGUAUAAAAAUGCCACUAUUGCAAUGCUCACAAAUGUUUAAGUGAAUUUGGUUAAUGACUUAUUUUAGCUGCAAGUAAUUUAAUAUUGAAUAAAAAUAGAUAUACAAACAA